ACAUUCUAUCAUUUUGUAUAAUAGUUUAAUGUUACAACCUGGCGUAAUUUAUAUUUUCUAACAUGUAAUUUUUUUCAUAGUUAUCAAAUAUGCACAGUGGUAAAACAUUAUGGGUCAAACCAGAGUCCACACAAAAAAUGACAGAUAUAUGAGGCAAGAAGGAGGAAAACUAUAUAUGAGAAUAUAGCGAGAAUAAGAGCUUUGGGAAUACCACCACUUUCACAAACAUUUUUCAGGAUGUUGCCAAUGCAUUAGAGGAAAAGUAAAGGCAGUAAAAAAAGGUUUGUAAGGAUGAUGAUGAGUACCUACCGCCUAUGGAUGAUAAUUUGCUUAGCUCAUCGAGUGAAGAUGACAAUGAUGAUUUAGUAGAGGUAACACGUAUGGCUCCAGGAUGCAAGUCCAAAAAUAUCAUACAAUUGACUUCUAUGCCCGAGAGGAGGAUCUUGGUUGCCUCGAACCAACCACCCCAGUGUACCCGUAGCGAGCUGCCCCACCCUAAGCCAUCAUCUAUUGCCCAGCCCGACCAACUAGAAAGCCCUCAAACGAUCGGAAGCAGCAUAGUAUCGGUACCAUCGACCCGUAGAAAUGUACGCGGUGCAACACGAGAGAAGGGGACAGAGAGAUUGGUGAGACAAUUGGGUCAUGCGAUUUUAGUUCCGAUCCCUUCCUCGAGUGGAGCACCAGAGGGGGAGCAUUCGACAUCCCUUACGAAUGAGAUUGGUAAAGAGAUCCAGUCAUCUACAUCGGUUCACAGUUGUGGUUGGGACAAUAUUGAUGCUGAGAUUCGAGAGGCGAUCAUUCUGAGAGUUCGACAAAGAUUUAAUGUCGGGGACUAUGAGAACUACCUAGUCAUCCAAGAUUCUAUAAAGAAAAAGUGUCAGAGCAUAUAUAGAAAUUGGAAGCAUGAGUUGCACGCCUACUAUCAUGGUUUAAUAGAGAAGGGAGUACCUGAUCCUAAGAACCAUCCACCGAAGCGUGUGGAGCCCAAUGAUUGGGUAUCGAUGAUCGAUGUGUGGGAAACUGAAGAAUGGAAGGUUUAUGGGAUCUACCUUCGAAGGAGUUCAUCUACCAGGUCUAUUGCAAAGUCAGCUGAGCUAGAUGCUGAGGUCGUGGCUUUAAAGGAGACAUUAGCUGUACAAACCGAGCAUAUUGCCUCACAAGCCAAGCAGAUGAACGCACAAGCCGAGCAUAUGAACGCACAAGCUCAAAAGACUACUGAUCUUGAGGAUUUAGUGCAUCAGCUAUUUGCACGUAGCCAGCCUUGAGCGAGCGGAGUAGAGAUUUCUCAUCGAGAUGAGAACUUGGAUUUGAUUAUCUUGGAAGCAGAGAGCAACUUGUCAUGAGGUUACAAGCAAACUGGAAUAUUUAAACAGUUGUUCCCUUCUUUCUUUUUUUUCACAUUUUCCUCUCUUUCCAUUGUGUUUUUUUUCCUUCAUGGAUUACAAGCAAACUGGAAUAUGUAAACAGGUCUUUGAGUGUUGACUUAGAAAUGGAAAUGAAUGUAACUAUUUUGCAAUGGGAGCAAA